CGCUUAUACCGUAUAACCGAGAUACAAGCUUGUGCAAAAUAUAGACAUUGGGAAUUUCCAACUAGGUAUCUCUACAUAUUUUAUUAAUUCUGAUGUGUAUAUUUUAGUGGUUUAUGAUGAGUCUGAAAGCAAUAUUAGGUGUAAUUUUUCUCUGUACGUGUAUUGUUUAUGUGAAAACACAAGAAGAAUUCGUUUCACCAGUGUUGAACACUAGGAAAAAUGUAAAUUGGUUCAAUUAUUUGGGAAAGACAUACUAUGUUGAUAGUAUUUUUCAGACAAAUUUCUACAGAGCAAUGCAAUUCUGCAGACAACAAGGAAUGCAAUUGUUAAGUAUUAAUAGUGAAGCAGAAAACGAACGGAUCGGAAAAUUCGUAAAAGAUAAAGGAUAUCUUCAUAACAGGUUUUGGACCUCAGCCACUAAUUUAGCAACCGCAAACAAAUGGGUCUGGCUAUCGACAGGCUAUGACAUUACAUUUUUUAAGUGGUACCCAGGAGAACCGAACAAACAUAACAAUACGGAAAAUUGCAUAGAAGUAGGAUGGUUCGGCACAGCAGGAUUCACCUGGAAUGACUUGGAAUGCUCGAGAACUGACAAAUUUUUUAUAUGCGAAGCAACCUCAGAUUGUCAUAACUUGCAUUGUUGAUCAUAACGAUACAAUAAAAACCUGCAGAGAUCUAGAAACCAGCUUUUGGCUCCAAAAACCUAGUUUUUUCUCCAGUUUUUCUUAGUUCAAAUUGAUCAGUAUACAUUU